GAGUGAGCGGAGAGCGGCGCUGCAGGUACACACGGAGCCGGACACGAGCCUUCCACAGCCGCACCGGACCGGACCGGACCGCGGCAGACACCGCCUCCGAGCCUUCCUCUUCCCCCUCCGUAUUGCUUCCCAGUGACCCUCCGCGAUGUCGGGCGGAGGAGAGGUUCGCGUCCUCCGCCAAGAGCCCGGACAAGAGAGUCCGAGGAUGCCGGCCUGGAAGCGAGAAAUCCUGGAGAGGAGGAGGGCGAAGGGCGGUGUGUCUGGAGGAGCCGGGGCACCGGAGACCAGCUCCGGCGCUGCGAACCCGCAGCCGCGGCUGAACGGGGAGGCAGCGGGGAAUGUGAACGGCAGCGGCGGCGGCGGCGGCGGCGGACCCAAGAGAGACAGCGGAGCGAGCGGCGGGUCCGGGCGGAACUACACCAUCACCACGGCCAGUCAACACUUCAGCAACAACAAAGAGACGCGGUCGGAGACGGACGGCCAGAGGACGACGCCGAGACACGAGAGCCUGGUGCUGCAGGAGAGCCUGGGGCCGCUGGAGGAGAACCCCUUCAUCAAGCUGGAGAAGGAGUGGAGGAGGCGGCAGGACCGGGACAACGCCGCCCGCCCGGUGCAGCACAUCCUGGAGCUGUACGGCAGCGUGCCCGGCAUACGGACUAUCCGAGCGGAUAACAUUAUCAUCAUCGAGUCGGACCCGGAUUUCUUCCAGGAAGACGGAGGGGCGAGGACGGGCUCGAAAUGGCAGCAGAACGGCGUGAGCAGCUACAGCUCGCUGAACGACCUCCUGGACCGGAGAGGGAGUGCUGUUACCGAGAUAAGAGCCAAGGAAGUGGUCAUUUAUGACACCACGUUAAGCAAGAGCGAGGAGAACCUGAGCACCCUGGGCCGCCCCGACCCCCAAGACCCCUAUGAAACGGGAGAGGGUCAAGGCAGGGUCAGCCGGAUCCUGCAGAAGUUUGACAGCAACUACGGGAAGCUGCAGAAGAAGUCCCACAGCACGGAGAACCUGCUGGACCUGGACUGUAGUGCCAGCAGCAGGCCGAGACUCUGGCCCAAGCCACAGCCAGAUCUGGUGCCAAAGCCCAGGCCGAGCCCCUCGGUCAGCGGCCCGGGCAGCAGCCAGCCAUCGUCACCCGUCUUCCAGAGUCCCCGGUCUUCCAAACCAAAGCCACACCCCACUGUCCCGGAGCCGGGCAGCCCCCAGCGCUCCCCCGCCACCCCACAGUCCGUGUCUUCCUUCCGUCAGCGGUUUGAGGACAGCGGGUCCCAAGGCGUGGCGGUCGCCCCCAGGGACGAGUCAGACAGGGGGCCAAGCAAGCUCACCAGGGAGAGAGACUGGGAGGGUUCUGAGGUGCCCCCUAAACCCAAGGUGCCAUGCUCCCCGGAGACCCGGCGUGCCCGUGCCGAGCCCCCCUCCAGUCCCAUCUCGUCCAAGGUGGCGCACUCCUCUCCCCAGUUUGAGAUCCGUCCUUCCCCAAAGCCGGAUCUGAAUCAGAUUCCAGACGGGGACGCCCAGGCUCGGGCUCUGGCCAACCUGCGCCUGCAGUCCCGGAACUCUUUCACGGUGAUCCCCAAGCGGCGUCUCGCCGCCGCGUCAUCUGUAGCAAGCAGUCCUGUACCACCUGGUCCGGUGAAGUCCUCCCCCUCUCACAGGGUGGCAGAGGGGGCCAAGUCCGGCGUGCCAAUUUCCCACACCGCCACUGUCACUCCAGCGUCAUCCAAAAGGAAAGAGACGGUGCAGGAGGUGGAGAGAGUGUCGAGGGAGUCCAAGCGGGAGUCGUCUCCAACCGUUGCCACAAAUCUCACUCCUCGUCUGCCCUCUACCCCUGUAUCCCCCACAGCAGCUCCCCCCUCUCUACCUGUCCUGACUUCACCCCCGGCGUCUCCUGCUGUCCCAUCCUCACCCGUCUUCACCCCGACUCCCUCAGACUCUGCUGCGCCUCCCUCUGCCCCGUCCGCCCCCUCCUCAGCUCCGGGGCAACCUCCCGCCGAACAGCUGCCGGUGACAAACAUCGACGACAUCGAGGUGGAGGCCACACAGAGGGUCCCCGCUCCCAGUCCCAUGGUGCAGAGGAAGAAGGCCAACACCUUCACAGUGGUGCCUAAACGCAGGGCGGAGUCCGACGGGCUGCCGGCCUCCCCCGAGCCCCCACAGGAGCCUUCGGGCGAGGCUCCGCCGGGGUCCACGCCUCCUCAGGCGCCCUACGCUCAGCUGGGCACCCUGCUGAAGAAGCGCUACCCUGCCGUGGAGGAGAUCGAGGUCAUCGGAGGGUACCUUUCUCUGGAGAAGUCCUGCCUCACCAAGACAGGCUCCACGGGGAAGAAGCUGAAGAUCUCCUUCAACGAGUCCAGCCUGCAGAGUACGUACGAGUACCCGUCCGAGAGCAGCGUGUGGGACAGCGGGGAGGAGGACGAGGACGACAAGCGGGACGGGAAGCCGGCGGACGAGCAGCCCAGCAUGGUGGGACGCAUCCACAUCCCCAGGCCCAGCUUCACCGUCUCGCCCACGCACACGGGCAACGAUCUGUCCAACUACAUUCCCAAGCACUCGGUGGACUUCAGCACCUGGCAGGAGCUGAAACGGGACGAGAGCGCCCUCCAGGAAGAAACCACGGCACAGCAGGCGCAGCUGACCGAGGAGGUGAUGCUCACGCCGGCAGACAGCUCCUCGCUCUCCGACUACAGCAGCGAGCCCGCCCUUUACUUCUGACGGUCCAAUCAGCCGCCUCCUCCAGAGAAGCACACCGCCCCGACGGGCCCGGCCUCCCGGCUCUCUUCGUUUUUCGGGGCCGAUUUCCUGCCACGGUACCACUGCAGCCUUCCCUUCUCUCUCUCUCUCUCUCUCUGUUCCUCCCUGAAGAAGAAGCAGCUGGUCUGUCUCGCCGCCACUCCGCUGUCUGGACAGCCGACACGUCUUCACCACGUCCUCGCCCCG